AUGUUCCCCUUUGUUUUCAUCUACUCUGGAAUUUUUUUCUACCCGUUAUUUUGUUAUUAUAUAUUUAAAUAUCCGUUGAUCGAGCUUUGUCUUUCCUCAAUUUCACAUUUUCCUAAAUUUAUUUCUCAAUCGUGGUGUGUUUCAUUAAUACCCUGCAUAACGGGACUUUUAAUGUAA